AUCAAAGAACAGCAACUUUGCCUUUAUAACACUUGACUACUUGGACUCAUCUCUUUCUAUCUCUCUACUUCGUCACUCUCUUCUGGGUUCACUCUCUUUGAGUCUUUGCCCUUUUACAUCACAUCAAAUCAACCCCUUCUCUUUCUCUCUCUAAAUUUUCUCUCUCUACAAUUUCUGUAUUAAUUAUGGGAGGAUGAACAUGAAAUGCCAACAAUGGCGAUGAUGGUGACAGGUGACCCCACUAAAAUCACCGCUUCUGACAGCAACCCAACACCAACACAAACUCCUGCUGCUGUUUUUCAUGACUUUCUUGGUGAGAAACAGGCGGGUAGUCAGUUGGAGAGAAUUUCAAGUUAUGGUCCAAAAAGUGAUCUAUCCGUGUCUGAGGUAAGUAAUAGGUUUGUGGGAAGCAAGCGGAGUCAUUCGGAUUCUGGUUUUACCGGAUCUUCAAGAGAGGGAAUUCCACAAAUGAUUCCUGAGAGUUCUCAUGUGAUGAAGAUGCUUUGUAGUGCAAGUGGUGGGGAUAGACUCAAAUUUUCACCUUUUGACGGGCCUCUUCAUGGUGUACCUCAAAAUAUUAGGCCACUAUCUUCUUUUGUGUCUCAGACAACUAAUGCCAAUUUUGUGAACUCUGAGAGGCUGAAUCCGAUGAAUGUUGGAGGGAGUAGCAUGCAGUAUAAUGCUUGUGUCAUGAAGUCUUCUCCUCUCAUGUAUCAAGCACCCUUAAGCAGAUUGAGGGAUAUCAGCUCUGGUCCACCAGUCUUGUCUCAGCUGGCUGCGGAUGAAGGGUCUAGAACUGGGAAUAAAGGCUCUGGUAUCUUCAAUUCGAUCACUGCUGGUAGCAAUCCAGUUACUGAGAGAAACCCUUCCGGGUUGCUUCCAAGUGGUUGCAACAUAAAGCCUGCUACUCAUAUUUCUGAUCCAGAACCAUCUAACCCUCCAAUUUCACGGGGACUAAGUACGUCUGGCAGCAGACAAAUGACUAUAAUCUAUGGUGGUCAAGUCCAUGUAUUCGAUGAUGUUAAUCCAAACAAGGCAGAUGUUAUCAUGGCUAUGGCCGGAUCAAAUGGAGGAUCUUGGUCGACUAAUUUACCGAAAGCUUCACCCAGGACAACCACAAACGAAUAUUAUUUACCCAGCGGAGAGCAUGAAACAAAUCCACCUGCUGACCGUUCUUUUGUGCAGAAGUAUCGCAACCUAUUAUCAGUCGGUGCAAAUUCCAUCCAUGGAUUGGACCCUAUCAACCAAGGUGGGAUGAUUGCCAAACCUGCAGGAACUUCAGGUCAGGCAACAGAACCUAGCCUCGAAACAAAGCAGGAGAUAUGACGAGGAUAUAUAUGGGCGCAACAGCAACAAAUCUUGCUAGUAGAUGAGCAGAUAGUAGGUCUAACCUUGCUAGUUUUACUAACUCUUGUUCAAGGUUUUCGCUGAGUAGAUUUUAGCUGACUAUAAUUCUGGUAUUUAGAUAAGUGGAUUAGUAAUAGCAAACUAUGUACAUGAUCUUAUGUAAUCAGAUUAAGUACCUUAAAUCGUCUUCUCGGGAACUCAAUGCAAAUCGAGCAUCUGACUAAUUCCAUCUUGCUCAUGUAUUAAUUUCUGUAAGCUAACUGUUACUGAUUACCUCGUAUCAUGGUGAUGAAUUUCUCAGUGUAA